AUGGCUGCUGAAAUGUUUCGCAGUUCAGAAUUCAUAACCACUUCAACAAGCUCAUUUGGGAGAGAGGAUAAAGGGAGUAAAGUCUUGAUCACCGGUGAUAAUCCUGAAGUGGCUAAUUUUGUUGAAGAUGAUUCUCUCAUAGAGUUGAAGCUGCUGAAACAUGAGCAAAGUUGGGACUUACUAAAGUGGGAGUUACUAAAGAAGCUUCCAUGCCCACCUGAGUUUGAAAUCCAUGGACAACUAAUUGCAGAAAAUUGUAAUGGCCUACCUCGAGAUAUUGUUUCAACGGCUAACGCUUUAAUCCUAAAGCUUAGACGUAUAGACGAUCCAAGUGGUCGGAUUCAAGUAUGGAAAGAAUUUUCCCAAGGCAUAGUUCCAUUCGACGAGUCAAGUUACAAUGAAUUGCCUUACUAUUUGAGACCUUGCUUUCUUUAUUUGGGAAUAUUUCCUCGCAAGUUUCUGUCAAAAGAAUCUGAACCUGAUCGAGAGAACUUCCUCCAAGAAUUCAUAAAGCAUGACCGGGAAGGAUUCUUUCCUGUAAUCGAUGGGGUAAAGAAAAAUCGACGUGUUUGUGUUCAUGGACACAUUUCUAAGUUCAUCCCAAAAUUCAUCUCUUCUUCAAGACAAGAGAUCUGGCUCGAGUCAUUUGUUUCUCACUCCAAUGAAGCAUUCACUUUGCAUAAGAAUGACAUUUCGAAGAUCCGUGCAGCUUUCAACCUACUUAGGGUGUUGGAUGCCAAGCCCAUCAAUGUCAAAAGAAUCCACAGUGAAUUGUGCCUCCUGGUACAUUUGAGGUACGUCACCCUUUCGCUCAAGGGUGACGUUCUCCAGAAGCUAUCUCCAAACUUCGGAAUUUGGGAGCAUAUUUUUGUUCUUGGAACACUGCAGCAACUGGAGGAGCUGAUGCUAAAAGAUAACGCAUUCUCUGGCAAGGAGUGGAAGGAGUCACUUCCAGCGAUCAGACGCAUUGUGUUGUUCAAAUGCGAGCAACUGCAAGAAAUUCCCAUUGAGUUGGCUCAUAUCCCAACCUUCCAAGAGUUGCAUUUGCAAAAUGGUGGUGAAAUAGCUAAAAUAUGUGCCAUGGACAUUCGCGAGAAGAAACUAGAAAUGAGAAAUACUAACCACAACAUCGUGUUCAAGCUCUUACCUAAGGAUAUAUUCAGAUGA